AUGGAUCUAGGUAUAAGCAAGGUGCCGUUCAGACUCAAAGACUGGGUUGUUGACAAAGUCCCACCCGAAAGUCUGAAAGAGCAACAAACCAUGCAUUUUAUUCAGCUUCAGAGGUUUCGAGACCUCGUAACUACCCGACUAUAUUCACCUAGCGACCAGGAUAAAGACGAAGAUAGACAUGGAUUCAUUAUGGACAUGGCCCAUCGUCUAGAAAAUUGGAAAAUGCGAGCACAACAACUGGCAGCCGCAGAUAUACAUACGGCUAACUUGUGGGAAUUAUGGCAUUCCGGUACGACUUUGCGUCUACUUAGGCCACUACUACAGCAGCAUCCUGUCGUCUCAAAUAACCUUCAACGCUGUUACUCAUUGUCUACAGAAACAAUCGAUAUUUCGUUUACACAGUUGUUUAUUCGACGGCAUACCCCGGUUACUUACUCGUGGAAAGAUAUCUGCGACAUAAUCCUAGCCGGCGUGACAUUUUUAUAUGUAAUAUCCACAUCGAAAGAAGUCAUUGAAGAUGAUGCGUCUUUUUUGGGCAGAAGAUUUGCGAAAUUCACGGCAAUUUUAAAAACUGCUCUUCAAAAUUGGCCAAAUGCAGCUCGAGCACAAUCGCUGCUAGUAAGCCUGACAAAGCACACUAUGGAUAAUAUACAUUCACGCGGAGCAGAUGACCAAGGAGAGCAACAAAGACUUUCAAAAAGACCAAGGAUAACUCCAGACACAAAUGAAGCAUCGAAUCUGCCUUGUCCUGACGGCGAUGACGGUAUUGAUCUACCGGUUCCUAGGGCGAAAGUGCGGCGUGGCCUUGCGCAUCGUGAUUCGGAAUCAGAAGUGCAGAGCAAUGCUAGUAAGGACGGUUUGGAAGACUCGUUUUUUACGCACGAGUUUGUAGAACGGCACCGUGUCAGGAUUAUGUCUACAAUACUGGGGCUAAACCCGCCUCAAAUUGAAGGAGAGCAUGGCAUGGGCACUUCAUGUGAUGGAAUGAAUGAUUAUAUGUCGUUUCUGGAAUUUGUGGAUGUUCUCCAUUGUGGUGCAGUCCCGUAG